AUGGAUCUUGUGCCGAGGCAGUCAAAUGUGGAGACGCUUCGAGGAAGCUUACGGAGUAUAUGCCUGGAACAUCGAGUAUGGAAGAGACAGGUCAUGGCAACUUCCAAUCUCCCCAACGAUCACGUACACGACGUUCCCAGAUCAUUGACCUCGGACUACGCCUUCCCUUUCGCUGCCGCUCCAGACAUAAUACGCUCCAAUCAGAAAGAUAUUCACUUCCAAGGCGUCCUCUUUGAGCAGCUCUCUACUAUCCUUCGCCGUCUAUACGGGUCGCGGUUCUCUCACAGAUACGGCUCCGAAGCCCGCACAUUCACUGAGCUGCUUUAUCUUGGGCUCACUACCGUGCUUGGCAAUCGCAGCCUGGGCGAGGAGUACUGUGAUAUCUAUCAGAUCGAAAAUCAGUCCAGGCAGCUUCCUACCAUAGGUCGCCGCACGGGCUACGUACUCUCGGCCGUUCUCCUACCCUACACCCUCAGCAAGCUUCUCCCCAGUCUUCGCUCUCGCAUUCGCCUCAAGAUCGAAAGCAAUCUCAGUCGGGCGCCAAAGUCUUCUAGAGCCUCUCUAUACUAUCGUCUCCAGUUCUACCUCCUAGAGAACCUGUCCACCAUAACCUCAGUCUCGACUUCCCCUAUAUACGCUAUUUUUCUCGCGGUAUUCUACUUCACAGGCUCCUAUUAUCACCUCAGCAAGCGGCUCUUCGGGCUACGCUACAUCUUCUCGAAGCGCCUGGCCCCCUCCCAACAGCGCGUAGGCUAUGAAGUUCUCGGUGUGCUAUUAGUGCUUCAAAUAGUUGUGCAGGCUUAUCUGCACGUCCAGAAUACUAUCACAACCGCUCUACCAACAGAGGGAUCCAGUGCUUUCCUCGAUGAUGGGGUGGAGAUAGGUCUCCAAAGCCACCAAGGAACCCAAGAAGCUAGCGACCUGCUGGAGCCCUCAAAACCCAUGGAGAGAGCAGAUACCAGCCGCAAUCGUAUCUCAGUUACAACCCAUACGCCUCUCCCCACGUCCUCCCUCCCGCGCUACGAUCUCUCAGAUCCGUCAUGCCUCGCCUGGUUACAACCGAAGCAGCAAAGAAAAUGCACACUGUGCCUCGAGCCGAUGAAAGAUCCGUCAUCUACAACUUGCGGACAUACGUUCUGCUUCACGUGUAUUUUAGACUGGCUGGGUGAGAAGCAAGAAUGUCCAUUAUGCAGGCAAAGGGCUUUGAGCCAACACGUCUUACCACUGAGAGGCUGA